CUUUGAUGAUGCAGUGGAAGAACGUGUGAUCAAUGAGGAGUAUAAAAUAUGGAAAAAGAACACCCCCUUCCUAUAUGAUUUGGUAAUGACCCAUGCUCUGGAAUGGCCCAGCUUGACUGCUCAGUGGCUUCCUGAUGUAACAAGACCUGAAGGGAAGGAUUUCAGCAUUCACAGGCUGGUGCUGGGGACUCACACCUCAGAUGAGCAGAACCACCUGGUGAUAGCAAGUGUGCAGCUGCCCAACGACGACGCGCAGUUCGAUGCUUCCCACUACGACAGUGAGAAAGGAGAAUUUGGAGGCUUUGGGUCAGUUAGUGGAAAAAUUGAAAUUGAAAUCAAGAUCAAUCACGAGGGGGAAGUGAACAGAGCACGUUACAUGCCACAGAACCCCUGCAUCAUUGCCACGAAGACUCCAUCCAGUGAUGUCCUUGUCUUUGAUUACACCAAACACCCUUCUAAACCAGACCCUUCUGGAGAGUGUAACCCUGAUCUGCGUCUUCGUGGACACCAGAAGGAAGGUUAUGGGCUGUCCUGGAACCCCAACCUGAGUGGGCAUUUGCUCAGUGCUUCUGAUGACCAUACCAUUUGCCUGUGGGAUAUCAGUGCUGUUCCAAAAGAAGGCAAAGUGGUGGAUGCAAAGACCAUCUUCACAGGGCACACAGCAGUAGUGGAGGAUGUGUCUUGGCACCUGCUCCACGAGUCUCUCUUUGGAUCUGUUGCUGACGAUCAGAAGCUCAUGAUUUGGGAUACUCGGUCAAACAACACCUCCAAACCCAGUCACUCAGUGGAUGCACACACAGCUGAAGUCAACUGCCUCUCCUUCAACCCCUACAGUGAGUUUAUCCUGGCCACAGGAUCAGCUGAUAAGACCGUUGCUCUCUGGGACUUGAGGAACCUAAAACUGAAGUUGCACUCCUUUGAAUCACACAAAGAUGAAAUAUUUCAGGUUCAGUGGUCUCCCCACAAUGAAACUAUCCUGGCCUCCAGUGGCACCGACCGCAGGCUAAAUGUCUGGGACCUGAGUAAAAUUGGGGAGGAGCAAUCCCCUGAAGAUGCUGAGGAUGGUCCUCCAGAGCUGUUGUUUAUCCAUGGUGGUCAUACUGCAAAGAUCUCUGAUUUCUCCUGGAAUCCCAACGAGCCCUGGGUAAUUUGUUCUGUAUCAGAAGACAAUAUCAUGCAAGUCUGGCAGAUGGCAGAGAACAUCUACAAUGAUGAAGACCCAGAAGGAAGUGUGGAUCCAGAAGGCCAAGGAUCCUAGAUGACAAACUUCUCCUGAUUUUAGUCCUUUUUUUUUCUCCUUCUCUUCCCUCUCAACCCCGAUAUUGACUUUAACACUGGUUUUGAGACACACGUAGACUUUGUGUUCAGCCAUCCUCCUGUAGAUACCAUUGACAGGCUUUUUAACCCAGUGCUCCCUCAGAAAAGGGCUCAGCUGGGACCAUGCUGUAGCUCCUUGGUCAGAUUCCCCACAGCCCCCUCUGGU